AGACGUGUACGUGCUGACGUCCAUCCAGUCGUUCUGUAUGUUUACGGGACGUGUUCUGCAAACAGUUUUUGCAUUUUCAGCAGCAUUCGCGGGUAAUUAACCGUCUUUCCGUCCGGUGUGACUUGCAGGGACGGCGUAGAGGAGCCCUGGGACUGUGGGGAGGACGACCAAAACCCGGAAAGUUCUGCAGCAGAAUGAACAUUGGUUCUAAAAAUAAGAAGAGGGUGGUUCUGCCCAGUCGUCCCGAGCCGCCCACUGUGGACCAGAUCCUGGAGGACAUCAACGGAGCCGCUCCCAACGACCCGGUUUUCAGCAUCCUGCAGAAGACUGGUCAAGAUUCGUACCGGCCCUCAGACAGCGACGUGGACUUGCGCUUCCAGCAGUGUCAAAAGUAUCUGGAGCUGAAUGAGCGGCUGCAGGAGGCGCGAGGUCGCCUGCUGCGACAGAGGGAGGAGCUGCGAGUGGCAGGCGAGCAGCUGCAAAGUGACAUGGAAGAGGUCAAAGGUCAAACACUCUGACGCGCCCUUGCUUUCUGUCAGUCUUGUGGACUUUUUUUCUAUCUGACUGUUGCCAGCUCAAUCGUGUUAAAGGUGCCCUGGAGCUAGACACCGCAGGGAGGGAGCGCCCUGAAGAGCCUGAGGGUCGGCGGCUCCUGACCUCUUGCCGGAAACGUGUGUUUUUGUGUGUGAUUGUUGCUGCUGAUGUUACCGGUGUGAAAUGGUUUGGCCUUAACGGUAACUUGUAUACAGCUGGUGCUUUCUUUAUCAUUAUUAAUCCAUGUAGCAAUUUACUUCAACAUGUCAUAUUGACAAAUUACCAGAAUAUGAAACAAUGUUCAAUUUGCAUGUUCUCAGUAAAAACACAUUAUUCAUUCUUUUCUUUUUUAAUAAUGAAAGCAAACAACAUUCUUUUUGGGAAUCAAGGGCCAUCAUAAUGUGUUCAGGCUGAAUGGGAAAUCAAUAUUAACUCGAUUUAUCACCGAAAAAUGACUUUUUGUUUGCCG